AUGGAGGAGGUGAUGGAGGAGGUGAAGGAGGAGGUGAUGGAGGAGGUGAUGGAGGAGGUGAAGGAGGAGGUGAUGGAGGAGGUGAUGGAGGAGGUGAUGGAGGAGGUGAAGGAGGAGGUAAUGGAGGAGGUGAUGGAGGAGGUGAUGGAGGAGGAGGUGAUGGAGGAGGUGAUGGAGGAGGUGAUGGAGGAGGUGAGGAUGGACUCGAUGAUGGCCGUGUAG